ACAACUGCCUCGCCUACUGCCCGCCAGAGUUUGUGCUGUUGGUAUCGGCUUGAGCAGGUGUUCAGGCACAGGAUGGGAUGGCCAUGGUGAGGAGGCCCCACUCUCAGCUUCACAGCCCCUUCCCCAAGCCAACAUGAGCACCGAGCUGGAGCUGCUGUGGCCACUGUCACUACUAGUGCUGCUGCUGUUGGGGUCCACAGCCUGGCUGUGUGUCCGAUGCGCCCGCCAAGGGGUGAAGAAAACUGGGAAAAUCUACGAGCAGAGGAACCAGCAAGAAAAUGAACAGAGCUGCACUGUGUCUCAGACCUACUCCUUGGCCAGGCAGGUGUGGCCAGGACCCCUAAGGAACACAGCCUCAGAGAAGUCAUUUGAAAGGAAGAACAAGCUGAUGUUCUCCCACCUGGAGGGUCCUGAGUCCCCUAGGUACCAGAAUUUCUACAAAGGAAGCAGACAUGACCCUGAUACUGCUUAUGUAGAUCCCAUCCCCACAGACUACUACAACUGGGGAUGUUUCCAGAAGCCCCCAGAAGACGAUUCUAUCUCCUACGAGAAUGUGCUCAUCUGCAAGCCCAGCACCCCAGACUCAGGUGGUGAGGAAUCCGAGGAUUACCAGAACUCAGCAUCCAUCCAUCAGUGGCGAGAGUCCAGGAAGAUUGUGGGUGCACAAAUGUCCCCAUCGGAAGGCCCAGAGGAGGAGCCAGAUUACGUGAAUGGGGAUGUGGCUGCAGCUGAGGAAAUCUAGGAGCGAAUCAAUGGGAAGGAAGGGCCUGAGGAUCAUGAGCCUGCUGAAUGAAGCCUGUUUUCCAAGGAUGCUCUAGCUUCACACUGCAGCCUGUGGCUACUCCUGAGAGGGCACCAAAUCACCCUGACACACAGCCUGGGAGACACUGGGAAUCACCAGAGCUGCCACCCUCAAGUGAUGCCCUGGACUUCCUUGGGAGCAAAGCAAGUGCCCAGGGGAUAUUGGUUGUGCUGACUGGAAGCCCAGGACCUGAGGCACACAGGUCCCCAGUCCCACAUCUAGACAGGGUCCAGGCUGGCCUCAAACUCCAGCCUCCGCCCUGUGCUGGGACCUGCAGGGUGUAUCACCACACCUGACCUUGUAGCUUUUUUCUGUUCGGAAAACUUAGGAAUGUUGGUUUCUGAGAAUGUCACAUGACUUUUUCUGCAGUUUACUUAAAUUGCUAGAGCUGUAUUUAACACUGUUCAAUGUCGGGGGCACUUUCUCUCUCAGAGAGCAUUACAUGUACUAAUUUUGGCAGAUCAGUUGGGUGUGGGGUAACCUGGGGUCGUCUUGGUCUCUUAGUGGGCUCCAGUUUGCUCUGAUCUGCCAUUCUUGCAGGGGUCUUGUGGGUCAGUGUUAGGGAAAUAACACUGGCCCCUCACCAAACAUCAAUAAACCCUGAGAUUUUAAGAGCA